AGCUUUAUUGUGAUGGAUUGGCAAGAAUAUAUACAAUCAGCUGGUAUAAAUGCAAAGAUGUAUGGGGAUAGAUACAUAUACACCCAGACUUUGAGUAAUUUUACAAUUCAAACAAGAAUGCAGUUCCGUAUGCUGAGGCCUCUGGGCAACGUCGCACAUUUUACACCCCUCCAUGAAUCAAAUCAAUAUGAUGACCUUCUCCAGCGUUGAUAUCACAACCGACAAGGAUGGCGGAACGGCCAGGGACAAGAAAUGGCCCUGGUUUGGAGCUCCCAUCUAUGCUGCCGCCUUUUUUGCACUCUUCUAUGCUGCCGUGGUGCCCAGUUUCAACAGCUACCCGGAGAUGUUCACCCAAAGCGAGGAGGCCCUGCACCCAGAUGAGUUCAUAGGCGAGCGGGCGAUGAAGCAUCUGGCAGAGCUCUCUUCCAUUGGCCCCAAGCCAGCCGGAUCUAUUAAUAACGAAGUCCAUACGGUGAAUUUUCUUCUGCGUGAAAUCCAAAAAAUCAAAGACGAAGCUCGCUCGGAUAUCUAUGAUAUCGAAGUGGAGAAACAACUCUAUACAGGAGGCUUCUAUCUCUACGGCUUCGCAAUAAGCUAUGAGAAUCUUUCCAACGUGGUGGUUAAGAUCUCCCAAAAGGACUCAAAUAACGAAAACUAUGUGUUGGUGAACUCCCAUUACGAUUCUGAGAUGAAAAGUCCUGGGGCUGGAGAUGACGGUGUCAUGGUCGUGGUUAUGCUGGAAACUCUUCGUGUGAUCUCUCGCUCUGAGAAGCCCCUGAACCACCCAGUUGUUUUCCUUUUCAAUGGAGCUGAGGAGGCUCGUCUCUUGGGAGCCCAUGGAUUCAUCACCCAGCAUAAAUGGGCCAAAAAUUGCAGAGCCCUGGUUAACUUGGAUUCGACGGGCACUGGAGGGCGCGAGGUCCUUUUUCAGACGGGACCCAAUCACCCGUGGCUGGCCAAGUACUACAAGCAAAGUGCCCGCCAUCCAUAUGCUCAGACCCUGGCGGAAGAGCUCUUCCAGAACAACUUCAUUCCAUCGGAUACCGACUUUCGUAUUUUUCGUGACUUUGGAGGAGUUCCUGGUCUGGACAUGGCCAGCGUGGUGAAUGGGUACGCCUACCACACUAAAUACGACAACUACCGGAAUGUGGAGAGCGGAACCUAUCAGUCUACGGGAGACAAUGUGCUACCCUUAGUUUGGGCCUUGGCAAAUGCACCUGAACUGGAUGAUUUACAGGCUAAUGAGGAAGGCCACAUGGUGUUCUACGAUUUCAUGGGCUGGUUCAUGCUUACCUACACCACAUCCGUUAGUAUGGCCAUCAACAUAGUGGUCUCUGUAGCAGCGCUCCUCAGCAUUGGAACCUCGCUCUUCAUAAUGACCCUGGACAAUGGAGCCGAUGCUCCAAAGGCGGUGAUCAAGCGAUUUGGUCUGAUCUUCCUGGUCCAGGCGGGAACAGUUUUCGGGGCCUGUGGCCUCACUCUUCUGAUGGCUCUGUUCAUGCAAGGAGUGGGAUUGGCAGAGUCCUGGUACCAUGGAAAGUGGAUGGCUUUUGGACUAUACUUCUGCCCUUUGUUCUUCGCCACGGGAUUGCUUCCAGCCUUUUAUAUUCAGUGGACGAAAAGGAAGACCCACAUGAAGCUGGAUCAGACCAUAGCCUGCUUCAUGCACGCCCACUGUAUCCUCCUGGUAUUGCUUUGUUUAACCCUAACCGGUUUGAACAUUCGGUCCAGCUACUUCUUUAUGAUUGGAAUCUUUUUCUACACAUUAUCCGUCCUAGUGCAAAUUGUUCUUAAAUUGUCUGUGAAGAAAAGCUACUUUGUGACAGUGCACUUAUUAUUCCAAAUCCUUCCUUUCCUCUUCUACACUUAUAUCUGUUAUGCCAUCUUUGUAAUUUUUGUGCCCAUGGAGGGACGCGAUGGUCCCAAUAGCAGUCCUGAUUUCCUGAUAUCUGUGUUUAUCAUCCUAGCCGGAAUUCAGUAUGCGGGUUUUACGGUCCCUGUUAUGCACAAGUUUCGGAAACCAAAGAUUAUAUUUUCUUCGUUUGGUGUGAUUACGAUUAUUUUUAUUAUCCUGGCAGCCACUCCUGCGGGAUUCCCUUUUGCCAAAGAUGUGGCUCCUCAGCGAUAUUAUGCAGUACACACUCAGCGAACUUUCCAUAACCUAAAUGGAAGUAUCACCCAGGAUUCUGGUUUCUAUAUCCAGCCUGAGGAGACCCGCAUCCAUGAACUGGAAGACACCACAUUCAAGAAUGCGGAAUCGCAGAGUUGGAUGGAUGACACCUGUGCCGCAGAGCCUUACUGUGGCUUGCCCGUCUACCGACGUGGCUGGAUAAACUGGACGGACUCUGCCCGUUGGAUCUCCAGCUCGUCACCCGCACUGCCAACUAACAAAGAACUUUCCCUGAAAUCAAAACAACAGCUAACUGGCAACAAGUGGCGCUACGAGUUUAGCUUGAAGGCCUGUGAUCGUGUUAUUAUGUAUGUAAACCCCUUCGAUAAGGUCAGCAUUACGGAUUGGUCCUUAGACAAAACCCCGCUAGAAGAAAAGCACACACCACCCUAUCUAGUUUUUCGUAUAUACGCCCAAACCGAGGAGGCAUUCAACUUUUGGAUAGAACUUAAACACGAGAAUGAUAACGCCGAGGGACCUUUCUUUAAGUUUGUGAUCGUGGAACACUUUAUAUAUCAUCAGGAAUAUUAUACCGAUGAAUACACUAAUUUCUUGGCCACCUUUCCCGAUUGGUCUUAUACAACGGAUUGGUUUGCGGCAUUAGAAAGUUUUAUUUUCUAACCGAAUUAUUAUGUAUAACUGAAUAGAUUAAUUUAAUAAAUCUCUGAACCAUUAA